CACUGGGAAUGCAAGUUACUCAACACGUUGUGGCAGUAUUCACUCAACGCCAACUACAUGUGGAUUUUCGUGGAAGGACUGUACUUACAUACACUAAUUUUCUUUGCCAUCUUCUCACACUCGACCAAGUUCUUCAAAUUGUACAUAAUUAUCGGCUGGGUAUUCCCGCUGAUCUUCAUCGUGUUCUGGGUGAUUGCAAGAAUAUUCAAGAAUAAUACCUUGUGUUGGAACACGGAUGACAAGAAUUUGUACUGGAUUCUCAAUGCUCCCAUAAUAUCAUCAAUAUCGGUGAACUUUUUCUUCUUCCUAAACAUUAUUCGAGUGCUCUUUACAAAAAUCCGAGACUGCAACACCAGAGAUCCUAGACGUUACAGGAAGCUAGCCAAGUCUACACUGGUAUUGAUUCCUCUGUUUGGUGUCUAUUACAUUUUGUUCAUCCUGCUAAGCUUGAACCGCGAGCCCAGGGUGUCAGUCAUUCAUAUGUACAUGGAGAUGACCCUCAAUUCCUUCCAGGGAACCGUUGUUGCUUUGCUAUUCUGUUUUCUGAACGGCGAGGUUCGCAGUGAGAUCAAGAAGAAAUGGCAUCGGCAUUGGUUGCGAAGGCAGAGCGUUGUGUCCUCUCGUUCCUCGAGAGCCUUUUCAACCGCCUCUUCUUACCUCGGCAAGGAACGAGCUAGUCUCACUCAAGGGUUUCCUCUGUGUGAUUUUUCAUGUAAAGACAAUGUAGCAAAUAUGUGUUAUUCUUCAAACAACGGCCAUGCGUUUCACAAAGUAUCCAGCAUGCCAAAGUUAUCCCUGGAAUCUCGUUCAGGUUUCAAACCCAUACCAAGAGUAUCUAGCUCGUCCGAAGUGGCAUCCAUCUUUACCCAGAAUGCCAUCGAUCAGUCUCUCAACCCUUCAUUUACAUUUUUGAAAGAACAGCUGCAGGAGUCUGAGGAUGAAACAUUUUCUAACGGCUGUUUGUUAGAAUCUCCAGAAAAUUUACCAGAACUCAUAUUGUCUGAUAUUAAUGCAGACUCAAGUACGGACGUCUACGAAAACACAGACUUUGCUUCGUCUUUGUUGUACUUUCAGCCCUCGGGAAAAGACACGAACUGUUUUAAAGUCAGUGGACCGACAAAUCAAGUAGAUCCAAAUGUCCCCAGGUGUCAGGUAUAA